CUACCCACACUGGUGGGGCUCUGCCCUGGGAGCCUCUUGUUUCUCCAUUUUCUACCUAGCUUUCAGUUUCCAACUGGGGUUUGUUUCCCCUUUGUCUCUGGUUUGGCUUCCGUUUCCUGUUUGGUUUUAAGUAGAGUCUGAAAACCAAGUUGCUGCCUCCUGAGGGUCUGUGGUUCGCUGAUCAGCGUAACCUGCUGGGAGUACAGGACUCUUCUCUUCAGGUUCCCUGUGCUGAAGCCUUCCAGUCAUGGCCAUGGUGUGAGUACUGGGACCAAAACGGGGACAGAGGGAGGUCAACAGGAAUCCAAGAAUCACAAUGGUGUAGAGCUGAAGGGGCUGUAGAAAUCAUCCCCAAUCCCACUGUGCAGUGGGGAGAUCAUGGACCAGAGCAGAGGGCAAAGGACUUGCCCAAGGUCACACAACAAGAUACUGACAGCCUGCUCCGUCUACUGGUCUGUCCCUUUCGCGGCCCAUGCCUCUUGAUGCCUGUGAUCUCGAGUGGCUUCUGAUCUAAGGGGUUUCUGAUCUAAGGAGGCUGUGGUUUGGCUCAGGUGCUGUGGAAGAGUCCUGGCUGUUCUCUCUGGAACGGCCUGGAAAUGUUCGGGUUGUGGUCUCUGAACGCUGAGCAGAGAGGGAAGCACUGAGGUUCCCUUUAAGAUGGAAACUCCAUGGACUGUGAGAACAGAACCCUGACCUCAGCUUAGAGAACUGGACUGACGGGGCCAUCGGUCACUGGGGCUGUUGCUGUCCAGCACGUAUGUAAGCAGCAGCGGGUCAGUGUCCUGCACACCUGGCUGUGCGCUGUCUUUCUGAAGUGAACAGAGUAUCUGCCAAGCCCGGGCUUCCGUGAUGGUCUACGAUGACACCAGUAAGAAAUGGGUGCCAAUCAAACCUGGCCAGCAGGGUUUCAGCCGGAUUAACAUCUACCACAACACUGCCAGCAGCACCUUCAGAGUCGUCGGAGUGAAGCUGCAGGAUCAGCAGGUUGUGAUCAAUUAUUCAAUCGUGAAAGGGCUGAAGUACAAUCAGGCGACACCAACCUUCCACCAGUGGCGAGACGCCCGCCAGGUCUAUGGCUUGAACUUUGCCAGUAAGGAGGAGGCGACCACGUUCUCCAACGCCAUGCUAUUUGCCCUCAACAUCAUGAAUUCGCAGGAAGGAGGCCCAUCCACCCAGCGCCAGGUGCAGAAUGGCCCCUCUCCUGAUGAGAUGGACAUCCAGAGAAGACAAGUGAUGGAGCAGCAGCACCAGCAGCAGCGCCAGGAGUCUCUAGAGAGAAGAACCUCGGCCACAGGACCCACUCUCCCACCGGGGCACCCCUCAUCUGCAACCAGCGCCCCCCUCUCGUGUAGUGGGCCUCCACCCCCGCCCCCGCCCCCUGUCCCACCACCACCCACGGGGGCCACUCCCCCUCCACCACCCCCACUGCCAGCCGGAGGAGCCCAGGGCGCCAGCCACGAAGAGAGCUCUGUGUCAGGACUGGCCGCCGCCCUGGCUGGGGCCAAGCUGAGAAGGGUCCAGCGGCCGGAGGAUGCUUCUGGAGGCUCCAGUCCCAGCGGGACCUCCAAGUGCGACGCCAACCGGGCGAGCAGUGGGGGCGGCGGAGGAGGCCUCAUGGAAGAAAUGAACAAACUGCUGGCCAAGAGGAGAAAAGCAGCCUCCCAGACAGACAAGCCGGCUGAUAAAAAGGAAGACGAAAGCCAAACGGAAGAGCCGAGCACGUCCCCAUCUCCGGGGGCCCGAGCAGCCAGCCAGCCACCCAGCUCCUCAGAGGCCGGCCGGAAGCCCUGGGAGCGGAGCAACUCCGUGGAGAAGCCCGUGUCCUCGCUGCUGUCCAGAACCCCGUCCGUGGCCAAGAGCCCCGAAGCUAAGAGCCCCGUUCAGUCACAGCCUCACCCUAGGAUGAAGCCGGCAGGAAGUGUGAGUGACGUGGCCCUGGAUGCCUUCGACUUGGACCGGAUGAAACAGGAGAUCCUGGAGGAGGUGGUCCGAGAGCUGCACAAAGUGAAGGAGGAGAUCAUCGACGCCAUCAGGCAGGAGCUGAGUGGAAUCAGCACCUCGUAGGGCGCAGGCCUGCUGCCCGAGCCUGGCCCCGGGGACGGCGGGGGACAGCGGGGAACGGCGGGGGACGGCGACAGCGCAGCGGGCCCAGGGCCCCAGCCACACACUGAUGCUGGGCUGUGCUCCACUGAGUCUUAACCUGGGAGAAAAUAUUAAAAGGAGGGAGAAGCUCAAUUCCUGGAUUUUUUAGAUUCUACCUGACACAGAACACCAGGUCUACUCGCCUGUUUUGUAUUUUAUAUUUGUCUAUUUAAGUGUACAUUUCUUUUGGUUUAUAGAGAAGAUACCCCCAAAUCACACGCUUCAUUAGAUGGUUCCAAGUCCCUCCUGGGUGACACUUGGCACCCGGGCGCAGCUCCCCACAUGGUGGUGUGCAGUCUGUCCACGCACCGCGGCAUCUGUCCACGUGGUAAUAAACGCUCACUGUCCACAUGCUGGCUCCUGCUCACUCUCUCACGCCGGCUCUUGGUCGCUCCUGGCUGGGACACCCCCUUUCGGGGAGGGACCCACGACAGUGGUGACCAGGAGUAGUAGGAGCAAAGUGGGGGCCUUGAGGGUCGCUGGGCUGAAUUCAGACAUGGGAAGGACAGGAGGGUGAGCGGGCAGCUCAGGUUCAUCCCACAGGGCUUUGGGGAGGCCACGGGAGCCACCCCACAGGGCGUGGGAGGUGGCCCUGAGUGGCACCCUUGCCUGGAACAUAAG